GGUGGAGGAGAGGGCAAGCUGCUGUAACUUUGUAGAUUCCUGAUGGCGUCUGGAUCAGCCAGCAGAGUGGAGGAACUGCCACCAGCGCUGCCUGUCAAACAGCACAGGAGUCACUCCAGCGUGGAGUCUGACUGUGUUAUGCUCAGCCCUGUUGGACUCCAGCACCAAACCUACGCAUACAAUGAUGUCUUUGCUGAACCUACUGAUUGUCAUGCAGCCCAGUGCCCCAUACACCAGCGCUACGAUCCCUCUCUACACCAGGAGAGAUUUUUCUCUGACGGCACCCCACCACCUGUUCCAAAGAAGAGGUUAGCUCGCACUCUCUCCCUCCCUGUCCCCAAUGCAUCUCCGCUCUCUCCUUUGUCUCCCCUGUCUCCACUGCAAAGGCACCCUCGAAACUUUGAUAACCCUUUGUACAUGCUGGCCCCAAUACCUGACAGCUGUUUCCAGCUGGACACAGAAGAGGUUACACCAACUAGAAGGAGUCCUGUCCCCUUACUGUCUUUUUCCCAGCUGACCUUUGACACCCCAGACGAAAAUCUGCCGUACCUCUUCAGCAGCUUUGAUGACCAGAGAGUUGUCUCUCAGGGGAUUCAGCAUCGCCAUCUACUCUUUCUGAGAAGCAUGGCACAGAGUGUGGAGGCCCGGAUCCUGCUGCAAGGAGAGGCCACAGAGAAGGAUGUCAGCUCAUACCAGCCUCAGGAUUUCCUGCUGAAUGAGGGCAGCCAGCCAAAGCAGAUCGGAGAUGCUGUUUACUACAGCCUGCACAGCCCCAGGUUCCCACGGAGGGUACUUGGUUUAAGGGUACACAAGCAGACUAAUGAAGCUCCCUCGGCUCACGCCAAACACCAGCCAUCACAUGUCAAUGUGCAAAAUGUGGUUGCACAUUUCCAAUCCAGCAACACCCUGAGGAACAAUUCCAGCAUGUUACAAACUCAAGCUCUCCCUAGUCCUUUUAGGUCAGACCGCACUGCUGCUAAAGCACCAGGUGGAGGCAGCACUGAGUAUGUCACAGAUCCUAUCAACAUCAAUGUGACUUCAGUUCAGUCUUUAAUCCAGAAAGGACACUCUGUGAGCGUCGAGAGAGACCUGCCACAUGCCACUCUAGAGGACUUUGUUCAGGACAGCAGCACACUGCACAGCUCAGAUUGUUUUGUAUACGACAGACAGGUGUGUGUUCUGUUGCUGCAGAUAUUAUUGGGCUCACAACAUCUGUACAACAUCAGUACCACUGCAGCUGAGCUCAGACCCCAGGAGAUCUUUCUGCUGUGGCCCAGCAGCGAGGGGGAGGAGGGAGAAAACAAGUUACAGCAGCAUGAAAUGAAGAGAAGUUUCAAGACCAGCAGACCGAAAGAAGAAACGCAGUGGGAAAAGACAGAGAAAAAAGGCAGGAUCCAGAUGCUAUGGAGAAUACAAGGUCCGCCUCGUGUAGUGUUAAACCCGCUGUCUUCUGCUCUCUCUGUACCUCACUCCCUUAUUAACAUCAAAGCCCAGAUUGGAGCCCUAAUUCAAUACUGCUUAGCCCCACAAGAGAGCUCAACAUCUCUGGACUCACGUCCAAGUCUGUCCAAGUCUUCAUACCGAAGGGGUCUUCUUCAUCUGUCCUCCCAGCUCCAGAAUGGGAGCAGCGGGCCUCAGAUAGCAGAUGUGGUGGCCACACUUCAGGUGCUCCUCUGGGGCCCUCGUGUCCCACUCUUAAAUCACAGAGGCUCCACGACCACAGCUGUACACAACUGGCUGACAAUCAAACGAGCCCUACUGGUGAUGAAGUUGGCAGAGAAAGGGCUGAUCCAAGAUCAGUCUGCUCUGGAUUGGGAGGACUGUAUGAGCUUGCAGUACCUGUCGUUUACAGACCCUGAAACAGUUGUGAGUGUGACCAGUCAGCCAUGGCUCACUGACUGACAUCUAUAGUCAGUACGUGAAAACUUUUGAGUCGGUCAAAUUAAAUUGUUCCUACAUGACUCUUAAGUAGCUACAGUCCAACAUAAGUUGUAAACUGUAUGUACAUUAUGUCAAUUAGUGACAAACACACAAAGUUUUGAUUGAGGGGAAAAAAGCCUUUUCCACCCUUGCUUCUUUUAACAAUUAGGAUGUUCAUAUACUGCUCUAAUAAUGUACAACUGGUCUGAUAAGAUGCUGCACUUUGAGAUUUUUGUUGCUGUAAUAUUAGGAUUUAAAUGCCCUGAAGAUUUAUUUUCUUAAUCAGUGCUUUAGAACGUAACUAUUGUCAGCCAGUUCUGCAGUUACAUUUUUCUCUGUUCCACUCUCACUGAUUUGAAGCAGGAACUUUUGAUAAAUAAUCUCUUAAUACAUUUGUUAACUUUGAUUGUUGCUACUGUACACACAAAUACUUGAAAAAUCAUUGAUAGUUACAGAAAUACUUAAGUCUCUUGCCAAUCAAAAUCUUCGCUACAGUUCUCUUGCUUGUCAACACUUAACUGUAUGAUUAUUUUCUAAUAAAUCAAUAUGAUCACUACAAUAACAGCGCACUAAAGGCCUCAGUAUUCUUAAAAGGAGGUGAUUGUCAGACCAACUGAUAGCAUCUGAAAACCCCUUUCCAACAGCAGAAUUAAAUCAGCAUUUUAAAUGAGUGCGACCUUUUGUAACAGAUGUAAACACUUCUUAACAUGUGGUCAGACGACACAGCUUGGCCUAGAUCCUUCGAAGCAUAGAGAGUAUAACUCUUACAGACUGCAUGUCUACAUGACUUCACAAGACCACAGAUGCCACUGUCUAAGGUGAGCACUUUUAUUUAGUACAGUUACAACAUGCAGAUUUUUUAUCAAGUGAAUCAAAGCAACAAAUGAAAAUCAUGCACACAUUAAAAAAAAAAAAAAAAAAAAAAUCAAUAUAAACAGGAGAAUCAACUGAUAAUUACCAUGAAGACACA